GCGAAUCUUUAGGCGAGGUCACUAUUCCAAGAUGGCGUACAAAGGGAAAAGCCACGUUCUUCUGACAGGCUCACCAGGGGUUGGCAAGACAACUAUGUGUAGAAAAGUGUACGAGGCACUUCGAGGUAAGGGCAUCCAAGCCCAAGGGUUUUAUACAGAGGAGGUCCGCAACAGCCAUACAAGGAGUAGGGUGGGGUUUGAUGUUGUCACUCUGAAUGGGCAACGUGGACCUUUAGCAAGAACAAAAGGUGAGGUUCAAUCUGCAAGAGAACGAGCAUCACCUUCAGUUGGCAACUACUCAGUGGAUGUCAAGUCAUUUGAAGAGCUUGCACUUUCGACAAUCAUGAUUAACACUGAAAAUUCCACCAAGGUUACCCCAAAUAGAAAGAUUAUGUUUAUCGUGGAUGAAAUAGGAAAAAUGGAACUGUUCAGUGACUGCUUUGUAAGAGCAGUUCGUGAACUGUUUUCUUCUCCACAAGCCACAAUACUGGCCACUGUACCUGUAACAAAACAGCGACCCAUCCCAUUUGUGGAUGAGUUGAAGAACAGACGAGAUGUGACCUUGAUUGAGGUCACGAAGGGUACACGAGAUGAAUUGGUCAGUGAUGUUGUACGGCUUCUUGAAGAUUCUCUUGUCAUAACGUAAAUCAAUGGCUGUUUUUCCUUUAAGUGACCUGUAGAAAUCCUGUUUUCUGCAGAAUUUCUACACCUGGAUUUGGGGUUCAAUGUGAUAUAUAUGAUGCCGCUUUAUGGGAUAGAGAAGUUUGCAGAGCAGGCGUGCGGCGAGCCAUUGCUCAAUAUUUUCUUGGUGAAAGUUGUAGCUGCCAUCUUUUUACAGCAGCGGAAGGUUGGGGAGAGAAAGAAAUUUGUGUAAGGAGAGGAGAGGGCUGGGGCCACGCCCCCUCCCCCACCAUCCAAUGUAACAGUAAAUCAAACAUGGCCGGCCGGGGAAACGAUAUUGAAAUUGUAUCACUACCUCGCUCUAAUAAGACGUCGUAGGCUUAAUGGGAUUGAGCUGUGAAAAAGGAGAGUUUAAGAGGAUAAAUACAAAUGCAGUCUUAAUACACUUAAA